AUGAGACAGGAUAGGGAGGAGAGAAUUCGACAGGCUGAAAAUACAGAGUAUCUUGAUCGCCCACCGGCCGACAAAGAUCUGAUCCAGGUAACUCACGUACUCCCAAGCAAAGCACUCCCCCGUGGGCUUGAAGACUCACGGGUAUUCAAUGAUAUCCGAAGGCAGUACCGGGUCUAUAUUACCCGCGAUGUACCCAACAUACUCGACAUCCGUUGCGAAUCUAUGGUCCGUCUCCAAAAAGCACUUGAAGCAAUCAACUGGGCAAUCCGCGAUAUGCGUUUGUCUCAAGGCACUCCCGAUGUUUGUUUCCUUUCUCAGAAACCCAAUGAUGCUCACAUCAACGACAUGAUACGGGUUGGACUUGGCAUUCGCUUUUCCUUUCACUCACGAAGUCCCAAACGUGUCAGUGAUGCAACCGCAAUGGACCACCAUUUGCCGCAGUUAGCUUCGGAUGUUGCUUCUUUAUCAGAAGGCCUCAUGGCUCUCAACAAAACCAUGGGGUUACGUGUCAACUUUGGUCUCCUGGUCCCUAUGAGGCGAAAGAAGGGCACCCAAGAGGAGUCCACUUAUGCCGACUUCGUCAAACUCAUGCAAGGCUAUUCUCGACGUGGAGGCGCGAUGUUCUAUUCUAGACUUGAAGAUGAUGGAAAACCAGAGCAGCUUAUACGUUUCCUUGUGCAGCCUGAAGAGGCGAUUUGCAGCGACUUAAACGACAUGAAGCGAGGCUGCGAGGUGGUUGUCAAAGCUGACGGGCUCGACAUCAAGGCCGAAGGAGACUACACCUCUGGGAAAGGCGUGCAGCUUGCCAUGGUCCGGGCUACUAGACAAGAGCAAUCCCCCCUUUUAAAUUGGAUGGUUGCUGCCCCUGACAUGCAGUACGACUGGAACUUUCGAAUUGAUGCUUGGGACCAAGUUGAAGUGCCACCCGAGUUUGGGGAUUUAGCGAAGAAGGUAUCAGUCAGCCUCAAUCUAGAUGAUGACAGCUUUCUCCCCAUUCCAAACGUCAAUACCGCUAAACUUGCAAGUUUGGGCGAGCAGAUCACCGAGAUUUAUACAAGAUCUUGGGCAACAGUCCCGUUCAAGGAGUCUAGCUAUGCGAUCAAAAUCGAUGUCACCAAGAAAUUGAAGGGACUUCAAGAUAAUGAGCCUGAAGUCACUUGGGGUAUCGAACUGUACGCUCCUCACUGGGAAGAAAGUGUGAAUUACGCUAGUGGGGGACGAAAAGAUUGGGGGAAAGAACUCGAGAAUAUUUGGACGGAGGGUAAUGAUCUCAAGUCGAGGCUCGGAUGCUUCAUGCGGACCAUAUUAGAGGUCCAAGCCCUCCUGAACAGAGCUGAUGCCAGUGCUGGUGCCGUCUCGCCGUAG